AUGAAGGGUGCAAUGCACUUGAGAGCAUGGGGAAGAUGGCCCCCUCCAACCACUACACCUUGCGUUACUAUUAGAAGGAAACUGGGAUGGCCUAAGGCCCUUCAUAAUGUCAUAAGCUUGUUGACAUUUUUUGAGCAUCUUUCCGGGGACAUAAGAAUUGGUUCUGGACGCACAACCAUUGGGCUUAUGAUGAUGGUUGACAUUUUAUUAGCAUUCUUACACCAACAUGACCAUUCUUCUCGACACAAAACAAUUGGCGUAAUGAUCCGAAUAUCCAUUAAGGAUGAAUGGUUUCAAGAUGCAAUUGACGGCCACAGAAACUCAGCUAGAUGCAGUAUUGAAGAUUGGAUAGCAGCAAUCUACCAUUCAUACUCAUCUUCGGACAGUGGAGACUGCAUUUCUUCGUACUUCCAUAUCGAGAAGGUCAAGACACUGCUUUACAGGGAAGAAAGUUUACAGACAUCCUCCUCUUUGCCUCUUCAAUUCCACCAAAUUAGUAUAUAUAGCAAGAAACUAAAGAUCAGCUACUUGUGA